AUGUGGAAAACUGGUGUACAUCUUGCAAAAUUUGUAUUGAAAAAAAGGUCCUUCAGACAAGGGUGGGUAGAGGCUUUUCCUUUAAAGAAUAUUAGAGCGUCGACUGUGGCAGAGGUUUUUGUCAAUCAGGUAGUUUCUAAAUAUGGAGUGCCGUUGGAAUUACAUACGGAUCAAGGUAAGAAUUUUGAAUCUCGACUUUUUCAGGAAUUGUCGUGGUUGUUAGGAAUGAAGAAAACAAGGACUACUACUCUUCAUCCGCAGUCUGAUGGGCAAGUUGAAAGACAACAUCAGACGAUAAUGCAGUAUUUGUCUAAAUCUUCUAGGCAUGAAACUACAGAGGUUACACCUGCCGAAUUGAAUUUCGAGCGUGAUUUGCGUCUGCCGUUAGAUUUGUUACGGGGCUCUCCGCCAAAUUACUAUUCAAGUUCUUCGGAAAAUUAUAUUCAUGAGUUGAAGUCGAAACUAGAGGAGAUCCAUCAGGAUGUUAGAGAGCGUUUAGAAAUGAAAUCGAACAAGGCAAAGAUGCGAUACGAUUUGAAAGCUAGAAGCAAGGGGAAAGCUCCUAAGUUGAUAAAUUGA